AUGAAAAAAUCAACAAUUAUACAAUCUAAUGAUAAUAUAAUUAAUAAUAACAUUAAAAAUAACAAUAAUAAUAAUGAUAUUCAAGAUAAUAAUAAUUAUAAUAAAAAUAAUUAUAUUGAUAAUGUUAAUGAUGAUAAUUUCAUUAAUGAACCGUCCUUAUAUUUAUCGCCAUCAGUAUCAUCAACAACAGCAACUAUAUCAUUAUCAACAGCAACAUCACCAUCAUUAAUAUCAUCAUCAUCAUUUAUAUUACAACAGCAACAAAAUUAUGAAUUACCACUAAUAAGAGACAAAUUAGAAUAUUGCAAAUUUUGGAAUUCAUCUGAAUUUAAGGAUGGUUACGAAUACAGUUGUAAUAGUAAAACAUUAACAAAAAUCCCACAAAAAUUAUUAUCAGUUUAUAGUUUAACAAUUUCCUCAGCUGGAAUUGUACAAUUAAGAAGUACUGCAUUAAGAAAAUAUGGUGAUACCCUAAGAGAUAUAACAUUAACUGAUUUACCCCAAUUCGAAUGUAUACAAGCUGGAUCAUUUGAGUCAAUUAAAAAUCUAAGAACAAUAUAUGUCUCAAGUGCUCCGAAAUUAACAAAUUUAUCAAAUGAAGUUUUCACUGGAAUAUCAAGCAGUAUUAAAACCAUACGUAUAAUAAACAGUGGUCUUGUGAGAAUUCCAAGCUUUAAAAGUCUUCAAUCACAUGAUACAAUUUUGACAAUGGUAGAUUUGGCUGGUAAUUGUAUUAAUAAUGUAGAGAGUAAUUCCGUGCAAAUAAAGACUGAGUUAUUAAGUUUAGAUAGUAAUGCUAUAAGAAAUAUAGAAGAUUCAGCAUUUUAUGGAUCACAAAUUGCUAAAUUAACAUUUAUUGGAAAUCGUCAACUAAGUACUAUACACCCAUCAGCAUUUGCUGGUAUUAUGAAUUUAAGAGAAUUAGACUUGUCAAGUACAUCAAUAGUUAGAUUACCAUCGAUUGGACUUAACGAACUGGAAAUACUAAAGGUUCAAAAUACUCAUACAUUGAAAACAAUUCCAUCAAUUUAUAAUUUUAAAAAUUUACAAAUUGCUUGGCUAACACAUUCAUUUCAUUGCUGUGCAUUUAAAUUUCCAUCAAGACAUGAUCCUUUAAGACAUGCAAAACGACUUAAAUAUUUAGAACAUUUAGAAAAAACAUGUUCGGGUAAUGUUGAAGAUAAUGGUGAACUUUUAGAUAGUAGUGAAUCAUUUGAAUUGGGACAAAUUGAAGAAAUUUCAAGACAACAAAUGAUACAACAAAAAUUAUUAUUAUCAUCGACAUCAACAUCAUCAUCAGUACCUUUAAAAUCAUCAUUAGAAAAGAAAGGCAUAAGAUAUUCAACAUCAAAAGAUGGAAUUGUCCUAAGGCGAACAAAACGUAUGAUAGCUGAAAAAAUAAUUCGAAUGUAUAGAGGGACGGUAUUAAAUCCAUGGGAUAAUCUAAACGGUUCACAAUUUUCAAAAGAUACUGAAUUAUUAUCUGAAGAUCCAUUAAGAGGUUCUCCAAUUAAUUUAGAUUUUAAUGUAGAUGAAGAUAUUGUACCUGAAGAUGAAGAAUUCUUAAAUAUGGAAGAUAUUGGAGAAUUUCAUAUACCAUUGUAUAAUGUAACAACGCAGAAUACACAUUUUGAUGCAUUAUGCGGAAAUGUUACAUUUAAACAACGUGAAGUUGCAUGUUUUCCAGUGCCAGAUGCAUUAAACCCAUGUGAAGAUGUUAUGGGUUCAAAUUGGUUAAGAGCACCUGUUUGGGUCGUUGUAUUAUUAGCUGUAUUUGGUAAUUUUGCAGUUUUAGUUGUUAUAAUGGCGACAAGGAAUGAUGGAUCAGUACCAAAAUUUCUUAUGAGUCAUUUAGCAUUUGCUGAUCUUUGUAUGGGUUUAUAUCUAUUGUUACUUGCAUCAAUUGAUGCUCAUUCAAUGGGAGAAUAUUUUAAUUAUGCAUUCGAUUGGCAAUAUGGUCCUGGAUGUCAAAUAGCUGGUUCAUUAACUGUAUUUGCUAGUCAUUUAUCUGUAUUUACUUUAACAAUUAUAACAAUUGAACGAUGGUUUGCCAUAACACAGGCAAUGUAUUUAAAUAAAAGAAUUAAAUUAAGACCAGCAAAAUAUAUAAUGGCAUUUGGAUGGAUGUAUUCAUUUUUAAUGUCAGCUUUACCAUUAUUUGGUAUAAGUAAUUAUUCUUCAACAAGUAUUUGCUUACCAAUGGAAGUACGUGAUCAUGCUGAUGUUGCUUAUUUAGUUUCAAUAUUAGGUAUUAAUGGAGCAGCAUUUUUCAUAAUUGCUAUUUGUUACACUCAAAUUUAUUUUUCACUUGGUACUGAUACCAGAAGAUCAAGAAAUCAAUCUAUAGGUGAAAUGACAGUUGCAAAAAAAAUGGCAUUACUUGUAUUUACAAAUUUUUCGUGUUGGGCUCCAAUUGCAUUCUUUGGUUUAACAGCAAUUGCCGGUUAUCCAUUGAUUAAUGUAACAAAAUCAAAAAUAUUACUUGUAUUCUUUUAUCCUUUGAAUUCAUGUGCUGAUCCAUAUUUGUAUGCUCUUUUAACUGCUCAAUAUCGUAAAGAUUUAUAUGCGUUAUUAUCGAAAUUUGGUAUAUGCAAACAGAAAGCAUUAAAAUAUAAAGCAAGUUUAACAAUGCCAGCAACAAAUUUAACAACACAUCAAAUUGGUACAACUACAGGAAGUCCAACUCAAAUGCAAGAAGAACAUAAUACUAUACUUGAAUCAAAUCAUUCCAACCAUUCAAAUCAUUCAAUGUUAUGCAGUAAACAAGAUAAAAUUCCAGAAGCUGUUGCCAUGUUAGAUAAUACUGAUUUUGUGUAAAAUAAAUAAAUUAUAUAAUUUUAUAUUAUGUACAAUCUAUAUACAUGAUAAAUUAAUAAUAUAAUAAUGUAAUUUUAUUCUAUACAUGUAUAAUAUGUGUACGAUACUUAUAUGAGAUAAAAUAUAAAUAUUAUGUGGUUUUAUAAUUAAAUUAAAAUAACAAAUUAUCAGCGGUUUCUUACAUAAAACUAAAAAAAAAAAAGAAGAUUAUGCCGAAUUUAAUUAUAGCUACUUUAUAUUUUUUCAUAUACAUAUAUUCUCUAAAUUAGAAUAUCCCUUCCGUCAAUUCUGAAAUAGUAUUUUAUGACCUAUAAUGAAAAUUGUCUAUAUAUAUACAGUUGUCUAUACAUAGUGAGAUUUUACUAUUGGACCUAUUAAAGAAAUAACAAAAUAUGUACUUUGAGAAAGAAAGAACACAAAUUUCAUAUUUUGUCUUACAUUUUAGAGAAGAGAAGUUGGCAAUUCUCUUUUCGAAAGCGUUUGCGAUUAAUUUUAUUUUCUUAUUCCCCUUAAAAAAAAUCUCGAAUCUUGUAAAAAUUUGCAACAAUGCAAUACCGUACUUAUCAACUUUGAAUGCCAUAUUCUUCAAUUUUGAAACUUUGCAAUUUCCUUUAAAAUUUUUGGAAAAAAUUAUUAAUUGAUUUUUUUUAUUGUUUGAAGUACGCAACCUGCCAAUAAUCCAAAUAUGUACUCUUUGUACCUAUUAUUCUUCUAAAUUCGGCAUUAAUUUAAUUUAUUAUAAUUAUAUGUACCUAAAUAUAAAAAUUAUGAAAAAAUUAUUAAAUUUUAUAAAAAUAUGACCUAUAAAACUCGAUGUGAUGCUAAACAAUAAUGUGACUACAUUUACAACAAUAUGUAAAACAAUAUAUAUAUAAUUAUGUA